AUGGUAUUCACUGAAAACGGUGAACAGACAGUGGCAAUAGCGGGCCAGAGAACACCUCGGGAAAGCGACCUGGCCAUGGGCCCGUUUUUUCCGGCCUCAGAGCGCCUCGAGAUCGCCAGACCUUCGACAGUCUUCUACAUGGAGGAACUGCGAAUCCUGGCCGGUCGCAAGACCGCGCAAGACAGCAGCGUCUUUGGAUAUAUCAUGGCUUUUGACUGGAUGGUGUGGAUGUUCCUGAGCGUAGCUUUAGUUAUCGUAUCCGUGGUGACAGCUUUGCUCAAUCACGUGCAAGCCUACAUGUCGCAAAAGACCACUGAUUUCGUGAGGAGUAUCGGCGAUGCCACGUGGAUGUACGUGGAGAACCUUUUCCUUGAAGCCACGGCGGAGCCUCCACAGCGUGGCGGUCAGCGCAUCCUGAGUGCCGUCUGGUGGCUGGCCACACUGGUGCUGAUGAAUGCCUUCUGUGGCCACAUGCGUGCUUGCCUCAUGAUCAAGUCCGAGGUGGAGAAGAUCGAGAGCGCCGAAGACCUCAUACGUCGGCCGCAUACGAACUCGACCAAUCCCGCGCUGCGCAAACUCGGCCGCAUAGUUGAGGACCGGGCCACCGCUGUUCCCGUGCCAGAGCUCUACGGCAGGGCCCUGCUGGAGAAAGUGGCCCAGGGCCGGGCGGCCAUAAUCAGCGACGCCACUUCGCUCACCUUCCAGGUGUCGUCCAAGUGCCAGGAUUUUGUGGGCGCCGAGUAUUACUUGGCCCGCGAGGGGCUGGUGUCCCAUCCGCUCAACAGCUUCGCUCGGAAGGACAUCAAUCCGGAACUGUUCGACAACAUCAACAAAGUCAUUCGGCGACUUCUGGAAGCUGGUCUGGUCAAUUACUGGUGGGGCCUUGCCAUGGGCGAAAUUGGCCGCUGCGGAGGAAGCUCUUCGUCUUCGGGUGCCGAGCAGGCGUCGACGCUGACUUUCGACGACUUGAUGGGCGUGUUUGUGCUGUGGCUCGCAUGCGUCACUGCCUCCUCCCUCGCCUUCCUAGCCGAGACCAGCGUACCGGGCAUGAUGAACCGCACAACACCGAAGGUUGCCGCCACCGGGUGGCGCCGGCGACAAAUUAGGCUGCUUCCGCGAUCCCGCAGGGUCUCAUAAAUUGUGCGCUAAUGUCAUAGCUUGAACCCGUCUCUAAACGUAUACUCUCAACCGAACAGCGGGCUAGAGAGAACGUAGGAUGGAGCUAUAGCAUUAUUGCCUCCAUCUUUGGUCCGAAGAUAUAACCAGACUUGAAGCACAACUAUUACUGCAGUGACCUAUCAUACUAUACGCAACUGGUGCUGUAAACGUCGGGAGCGACACCAUCGUUAAGAUAGUCUUUUUUUUCUCUAUCUGCCUUCUGCGAAGGCGCUCACGUAACAGGAAAACGUUUUGAAGUCGUUGUGGCUAAACAUGCGAUUGGAGCGUCACAAGACGUCACUAGCAGCGCUGCUGCCGAUACUCUCUAUUCCGGUAACUUCACAUUCUGUUAAGGGUAAUAUGCACAUGGACGAGACAACAACUCUCUAUUUUGCACUACUAGCAUGUCUCCGCCGAAAAUGACUCAAACCAAAAAAGGGCUUCGCUUUCCGAGUCCACAGAAGAAUCAAUAAAAUAGAUAGAUUACAGUUUUGCUAUUUGUAAUUAAAGAUUCGGCAACUAGAAUGCCCUCAGUAAUAUAGAAGUGAUUGCUUAUUGUCUUUAGCAAUAAUAACAUCACCUCUGCCAUAUAACAUAACUUGCCCUUGAUUAGAAAUAAGGCUUAGGUCGUUUCGGCAGCAGAUUGCCCCACCAUGUGACAAGAACUUAUGUAGCUCCAUCAGAAAUUUCAUAUCCUCUUUUUCGACUGGUGCAUCUCGUUCUUUUUCGCAAUUUAACAUGUGAAAGAAAAGAGACCCGAUGCUUCCAUUGUGGUGCGCUUAAUGCAUCGUGUGGCAGUGCAACUGAACAGCCACUGUUAACAAAACACUCUGUGUGUUCUACAGCACGCCACACAGGUGUGUGCCGCGUACGUGCAUGAGGUGCAUGUGAAUUAUAUAUCUCCUAAUACAUCGCGGCAUUUACGAGCAUGCCUAUCAUAAGCCAGAACAGAACACGAAAUUUUUUUUUCUACUAGGGGAAAACAGCGAGCAAAUGUUUCUGUCAACAGCUGCAUAUAGAGCUAAAAUACAGCCACGGUAUAUUAAUUUUUAUUACAGGGUUGUUGCUUAGAGUUGCUUUGUAUAGAAAACGUUCGCACAUAGAUCUUGGGACACCUCUCACACCAUUCAGCAAACUACGCUAUGCACUUUCAGUUUCGAUUGAUGAAACUUUUCUCUGAGACCUUGCCAUUCCGCACAGUUUCCGUCAGCGUCUUUCUAGCAUUUUCAAAAAAUAACAGUUAUUUGAUCGAAUGUUCGAUUCCUUUAAAAUUGUAAAUUGAGAAAGUUGGUGCGCAUUCAUGUUUCCGUUUGUGCAGCGCUGACGAAGACAUGCCGGACACAGCAUGCCGGACACAGCACAUGUCCAGUGCAUUUCUUGUUUUCUGCGUGAGCGCUGCACGAACCGAAAGAUGACACCGUUUCUUAUCGCCUACUUGUCCAUAUCUUUCACGUUAAAAACGCGGCGAAAGCUGCAUUUAUUAUCAGAGCAUAUGACGGAGCUUCAAGUACGCGUUACUGGGGUUCAAUGUUAUCGAUAGACACUGCUAAAUGUAUUAGGAAUGUUGCUCAAAGUCUGCAAUAUCAUUCAUAACGGUAACUACAGUGUGCACGUUACACUACCUCAGGAAUUCUGAAGUUUACUUGGUACGACAGUUGUUGUCGCCAACUUCAGAAUUACUGAAUACACAGCGAUCUGCUACUCCUCCCGGAAAGAACCAGCUGAAAGUGUUCGCAUUUUCACACCCUGACACAAUCGGUGGCCUGGGUCACCAUUGCAAUUUCUCCCGUCUCAUAGCCUAAAAAGCAUAACGAAUGUUCAGAAGAGGUAAAUAUCUAUCUACACAAAUGAGCGCUUAAUUUCACUAGCUACACGCGCAAUCCACAUAAUUAUUCUAAACCAUCAAUGCCGGCUAUGACGUCAUGGGCUCAAGGUCUCCAGUCUGUCUUUAUCUUCCCGGUAAAAUCACUUAGGCCAUCUU